AUGAGUAUUCAUCAACCACAUCCUUCGACGCUUACCGGCGGCAGAUUUGCGGUCGUGCUCCUUGACAUCGCAACCCAGUGCAGCAGCGUCGGACUCUCGGACCUUGCUGACACCCUGGACAGCAUGCUGAUGAUACUGCCCCGGGCAGUGGGCACUGGAGACAGGGUGAACGUCCUCAAGACGGACAACGAGGCUGUAUUUACCACUCCAGCUCAGUUGAAGUUGCUACACAAGCACAAGCUCGACAUGCAGCAUUCUUCCCCGUACGACCAGACAAGAAUGGAGAUAUCGAACGGCAUAUCCAAAUGUUGA